UUUCCUUUGCGUGAAAUUCCUCAAGUUUGUGUCUAUUGUUUGGAUAUUUGAACCGACGGUGACUGGAUAUCAGGCGUGUUAAUAAUCAACAACAUAAAGCAGCCCAGACAGGAUGUAAGUAAGUGCGCAGACUGAGACGAAAGAGAUUUGAACGGUUGUUGAGGACAUUUUUCCGCUUCUUUUGGCUGGCUGACGAAGAAGACAGAGGGAGUAAACUCCUGAUGGAAAGGAAAGGAAGGGGGAAGAUAACUAGGAGGAGUUGAGGAAGGAGCGGACUGUUAUGUGGCAAAACUCUCGACUACCUCUGUGACAACUCGAGCAGUAGAGCUGGUUUAUAUUGUGGAGAAAGUGAGAUGGAGGGAGAGAAGGAGAGACAGCGGCAGCAGCGAGAAGAGAAGGAGAGUAACGAGGCAGAAGAUGACAGGAGGAGUGAUGAUGACGCUGACAAUGAGGAGGAAGAGGAAGACGAUUCGGAGGGUGCUGCGCUGGUCUGGCAGGAAGGCUACGGUGAGGACAAUCUGGGCCUUCCCAUCAUGCACUGGGAGGCGCUGAGUCUGCGCAUCGCUGAGCUGGAGAAGCAGGAGGAGGAGAAUAAGGAGAAAAGGGCAAAGAGCGGAGUUUCUCUGGAGCGAGGCAGAGCUCCACUGAGCUGGAUGGAGGAGAGAGGGAGGAGAGCAGAGAGCUGGGAGGAUGGAGACGACGCCUGCAACAGCCAUGUGCUGGCACUCACCUCUCGCCUGCAGACGCAGAUGAAUCUUCAGCUGUGCUUCAUCAACAACAGUGAAAGUGAGGAAGAGGAGGAUGACAAGGAGAAGGAGAGCAGCAACACACGGAGAGGGACUGUUCAGGUCCUUAAGAAUCCUCAGCCUCCUGCCAAGCCAGAGAAACCAAAAUCCAGAGGCUUCAGGAACACUCUGAGGAACCUACGAGACCGACUGAGAACAGACCACAAAACACUGGCUGCAGCUCGCAGUGAUCCUGUAGUCCAGAGAAGACAUGUGGAGCGCAGCGAUUUACAGAACUUCAGUAUUAAGGAUCUGAAGGCUCUUUGUACGUCUCUCAGCCAGACCAUCCAAGACCUGAGCUCAGACCUGGUGAGUCGCCUUCAGGUCCGAGACCAGCUGAGGACGGAGCAGGACGCCAUGCUGCUGGAGGUCCAGGAUCUGACAUCGCUGUGAACCUGCUGAUUGUUCCUGACUGGAGUUCCCCUGCCGAGCAGUCAGGAGCGGUUAAUAUUACACAAACAUUUGAACAAGUGUUACAGCCUGUGAACAUUGUUGGGAAUCAGACAGUGCCACAGUGGCCUCCACAAACAUCUCAGUCAGCCCCUCUUGCUGUUGGUCUGACCAGCCAAUCACUGUGAAGAGUGUCACUCCCUGAAAGGACCAGGACAUUCAGAUGCCUAGUAUUUUUUUAUUGUUGUUGUUAUUGUCCGUGUUGUAUAUUUAUGAGGGGAAAUUUUGUCUCACUUAAGGACGGUGUCCACCAGCAGUGGCUUAAAACUUACAUGUGACAGGACCAGCUUUGUCCAGCAGGUGUGGUCACAAUGUCAGAGUGGUAGGGUACGGUUAGUAGCUGAAACUGAUUUGGACACAACAUCCAGACAGUGGAUGGUGGCCUCAAAGGAACACACUUACAUUUUUGGGGAAAUAUGCUUCUUGGCUGUCUUACACUGAGUCACAUUAUGAGGUCAGUACCGGUUUCUUCUCCUCUAGUCCACAGCAGAUUAAGGACUGGGUCAUGUUAAACCCAGUCUAGCAGUCAGACUGCAAGGGGGAAAAACUUGUCCUUACAGUGGAUAGCUCCCACCUUAACACACCAUCAUAAAAGCGUUUUUGCACAUGAAAAUGCAUCUGUACAGCAUGCAGAGUCACUCAGCCAAUCUUGAAGAUAUGAUGAAAGGAUGGUGAGUUUAAGAUUUGAUCGUAUAUCCCCUUUCCACCAAAGCAAACCUUGUUCUAGUUCUGGGCUUGUGCUAGUACUGGUCGCCGUUGGAUCAAGUUUUAAACCUUCUAUGAACCAGUGUUGCCAACUUAUAUUUAGCGACUUUUCAGACCCCUCUAGCGACUCUUUUUCAAAAAAAGCGACUAGCGACAAAUCUAGCGACUUUCUCUGAUGUUAUUGAAGACUUCUGGAGACUGUUGUGAGAGCACGUAUCAUUCUUAUUCUUCUCAACGGGCAGCGGAUGCUGCCGUGGGCUCCUCUCUCACCCCAAAUCACUCACAGACGGCCCAGUCCUCCCUCCCAGCAGCAGUCAGAGCAGGAGAUGUUAACCCCUCCACGUCCAGACUGCAAGUGAAUCGCGCAUGUGUGGAACCGCUGCUGGCUGAUCCCGACCUGGUUUACAGUCAGGGCGGGAUGUAAAUGUAAAAAAAAUUUUUGUCUAAUAUAAAUCAUUUGUUGUUCUAAACAUAUUCAGGGUGUUUUUUACUCAGUUUCUGUCUCUUCCACGACGUUAUACCUCUCUCCUACAGCAGCCAUUACAAUUACAUGCAUAUGGACAAUUAUGCAAAUUAGGCGAUGACAUCAUUUGGUGACUUCUAGUGACUUUUAGGACAGCCAGUAGCUACUUUUCUUACUGAGGAGUUGGCAACAGUGCUAUGAACCGCUCUGCUGCAAGCAACUUUAUUAGCGGGCUACUGAGCAAUAUCAUCACAUAAAUGAAUAUGGUGUAUACGUUUUCGCUUUCCCAGUAACACCAGCACCAGCUUCAAUCACAACAACAAUGGUGGGUUACAUAGUCUCAUUACAAGUUUUGCUUUUGGCUUUGCGAGCCUACAUUGGCAAAUGCAGUAUCUACGAUGUAGAUAGCAGACAACUUUAUAAGCAACAGCAAAAAUAACAACAAUGCUUUAAAGCUUCCACUUAUACAGUGUUAUCCUUUGUGAAACCAGAUGUUAAUAUUGUUGGUGAGCCAGUGGCAAUUUCAGAAAGUAACGUGCUAAAGUUUGCUUUUGUUGAUAAGGUUAGUGCCAUCUAGUGUAAAGAUUUAUAAAAACAUGAAGGACGCAUGGAAGUAUGUGGACAGUAAAAGUUUAAAAUGAACGUAUCGAUUUUUGAGGGAAUAUAAAUGAGCCUUUAGAGACUAGACAGUGGCUCCAAACUGGCCUUCGAACUGCCUUGGUGGAAAAGGGGUAAUAAUAAUAUUUUUAUUUGUUUACAUAGCCACUUUUUCUUGUUCUUGUCACUCACCUUAAACCAUCAGGGUUUUGUUGUUUCGGUGACCUCAUCAUUCACUACAUGAUGUGGACAAGAAAUAUGGAGAAAUGAUCUUGCAACUCCCUCAGACAGUCAUUAAUUUUGUAUGGACAAUAACCUUUAUGAAGAAAGAACAUCCCAUAAGUUUUGCUUUGGUUAAGGGGAAAGAAUUGCUCAUUUCAGGUUUUGGUGGCAAACCAGCAUAUUUCCCCAAACAUCUGAAUAUUCAUUGAAAGGAUUCAUCCAGUGUUAAUGGAAGUUUUUUCCAGAUUUUCCAGAUCAGUCUCUCUCCCUUAAAGGCACCCCGUGGUGUCUUUGACCACUAGUAGCACUAUGGAGCGAUGUUUUGGUCAGCAGGUCCCCAUGACAGUUUGAUGUUAUUCCAUUGAUUUCAGCCUGUACAAAAACAUUAGGACAAUAACUUAAAAGCAGAAAGUGGAAUAGCAUCAACAUUACAACAGAGAUACCAAUCUGUAAAAUGAGGGUUAUCUUUUUUCAUCUCUGGAGCUAUGCUUUAAUACAUUGUGUUUAGCAUCUUUUCUAAAGGCUUGAAACUGCAAUAUAAAAGGGACUCCUGUUAAGAAGCUGCUUAUAAUUGCCAACUGAACAAUCUGUUGUUUUCUACUUUGUCUCAAGUGUAGUUAUCUCCUCUGAUAAGAGAGAAAAUGUCUUCUGUUAUUCAUGUGUAUCUUUGGCCCUGUUUAUACCUGGUAUUAACACAUCUUUGCUGAUCUGAUCUCAAGUGGACAGCGCUAAAUACAAAUGUGAACAACCAGCAGGACACAUUGUGAUCCCAUCACUCAAACCACUUGCUGAGAUGGUCUGGGACGCAUUUAACCACAUUUUUUGUAUUGGAAAUGCUGAUGUGUCCUAUUGCAUCUCCAACAGGUGCCCUUUUUACACAGUGAUCGCGCUAUACGGCCAAAGUCCCUUCUUUUAUGCCUCCUUUGCAUUUUCACGCAGAAGCAAACAAUGACAGAAUCAUUCUGCUCCAGUAUGUGCUUUUAGACAGCAUGCCAGUAUCGCGGAAUCAAAAGAGGCAUGGCGGGAAUGCCAUGUAAGGGCCCAAACACACCAAACAAAUGUGGGAGAGCUAGCGUGUCUUGGCCAAAAAGUUGCUCAUGAACACACCAAACGUAAGGCCAACAAGCACAUAUGUUCUGCAACUGCAUGAGAGGACAUACCCCUCCACACCAGCAGACGGCAGUAGUCUGUAAUCAUCUUUCAAAAUGGAAACUGGAAUACCGUCCUGACGCUACUUAGCCAGUUAGCACUUUAAUAACACAAUCCAAUAUUGAAAGAACAGCAUAUUUACUGUGCGCCAGUGAACAAUAACACAAACCAUCAGGAAACAUUUCUGCUAAAGAGCUCAAUGGCUAAAGACAAAUAAUCUUAUCUUAUAAUAAGUCUGUUUUGACUUUACUCCCUCUUGACUUUAGCUCUUUGUUUACAAUUCUCAUGAUGGGCUCUGCUAUGCCAAUGCUGAAUCAGCAAGAAAAAAGGUUAGCCAGCGCCAGCAAGAGCAAACGGUGCUGGACACACCACACUGACGAGGGCAGUAAGGGUAAGGAGCUCCUGGACCUCAGUUUUUUUCCCAAUUUGCAGACACUUUUGGCCACUGAUCUUCUUUAAGGGAGCUGCUAACUGCUAUCAGCUACUUUUUAAUCUCCUGCCUUGGGUCACACGCACAACACAUCAUUAAAAUGUCAUACCUGUACCACCCAUGAUCCCGUCCUGUUUAUACAGACAUUGUUUUGGCUCUGUUACCACCACCGAUGCUGCCUUAGUUGGACGAAGUGUUGCGUGACCAUCUUAUGGUCUUGCCCUAGGGAAGGAGACGUGUUGGAUUCUGCUGACAGCUAUUUCUCCAACUGUACCAUCACAACCGCUAAUGCUAGCAAGAGUGUGGACAUUUUAACUGGUCUGACCUUCGAGUGUAAGUGACGUAGGCAGUAACACAUUCUGAAUACAAGCGGUCAGCUAGAUACAUCAUAGACAAAGGUGUGAGAGGGCUGUGUCUUGGCUGUCCACUUGUGUUUGGAUCACUGGAACUUUUUUUAUACCAGGUGUAAACAGGCACUUUAUUUGUAAGCCAUUUAGGUGGAGUUAGUAAAGAACUAUAUGUGAUCUUACAUACAAAAAAAUGAACACAUUUUUAUUUUCUUCACCAAAAUGCUUUUAGUUUUAUAUGUAAGAAAAAUAUUUUAAUCUUUUUAUUCAGGCAGUCAGUUUUGUGACAGUCUUGGCACACGAUUUUGAUUUUUGUGGUUAAACUCUACACAAAAAGAAUGUUUACCUGUUAAGAUUUCAGAAAUUCUGUAUCAUAUACAUUUUCACAGCUUCAUUAGACACAGUUGUUAAUGUUAUCUCUUAUUCAUGAAGUCACUGCCUUGCCAUCUUUUUGUUUGUACGCUGUUGGGCUACCAGCAGUAAAACUCAACACUUUAUGCACAAAUUGUAUGUCUGACAGUAAUAACCAUCCAACAGCUCAUUCCUGGGAAGCUGUUGGUGUAAGACCUCUUCCAAAAGUAUUGGGUUUCAUUCACAGUAAGAAAAACGACUAAUUUCACCCAGGUUUUUACCUGGCAGUUAUUAGAAACCAGCAAUUAUUUGAAUAUCAGCUUCCAACAUUAUGGACCAACUUGAAGGCAUUUUAAAGGGAUAGUUCAAAUGUUACGAAGUGGAGUUAUACGAGGUACCUAUCCAUUGUCAGUGUAUUAUAUACUGUGGAUGUUGGUUGGCGCACCCCCAGUUUGGGAAAGUGGCAGGAGUACCACCACAGAAGCUAAGCAAUGUACUGCUGUAGACGGGGGCAGCAACAACACAUAUUAUAGCCACCUAAAAAAAUCCAGAGCAGAUUAAGUGUAUGCUACAUUAAGAACAUUUUCGCCACUGCAUUAACUGCUUCAGUUACAUAUGUAUGCUCUCUUCAAAGCCACCAGACUCUAUUGACAAAACUAGUAAUAUUGGCUUGCUGAACAUGGGAGCUGCUGGUCUACUUCUGCUUCAAACUGUUUGUUUGUGUUAUUGUGUGACUUCGAUGAGUCCGAACUAACCACUUUAAAUGCCAAAGUCACACGAUAACACAAACUCUGGCUUUGAAGACAGCAAUAUUACGACCUCAGUUCCCCGGAAAUCACUGUCUGACAGAAAGGUAAAGCAUUGAAAAUACUCAUAGUAUAGUGCGCACUAAAACUGAUAUUGAUUUUUUUAGGUGGCUAAAAUACUUUUUGCUGCUGACCCCUCCACAGCAGUACAAUGCUUAUCUGCCAUGGCAAUACUCUAAUCUGCUUCUCCAAACUGGGGGUGUGCCAACCACCAUCUACUGUCGGUAAUACACUGACUAUGGAUAAGUACCCGAUACAGCCCCAUUUCAAAAAAUCUAAACUAUCUCUUAAGAUUUCCUAAGAGCAAGACAACCUAAGCACUGUUGGCACCCAGCAGCUGAUGGUCAAGUGUGUCGGCCUUAACAGUUGUGAGUGGACAUUACUCACCAUUAGAGACAGAAAUAAAUGAAUCUAAUGCCUGUCUCAGAGUAAGUCAGUGCUGACAUUGUCAUUAUUCAGUCAUGACCACAGUCUUUCCCUAAUCAUACAGGUGAAUUCCUUAAUGUUGUUACUGCACCCAGUGAAUAACAUUAUGUUGAUUUGAAUGAGUUAAGAUACACAUUCAAGAAUGGGAUCCUGUUGAACUCAUUCAACUUGUUUUAUUUACUGUAAAGAAAUCUUAAUCAACAGAAGAACAUGAAUCAUUUAGAUUUAGUUGUUGUCUUGUAUUAAUCUGUGUAUUGAAAAAAAUCAAUUGAGUUGAGAUUGAUUGCACACUCCAAUACUGUGUUUUUUAAAUUUUGGUGGUGGUUCGACCAUUUUGUUUACAUUGAUAACAGAUUGUGCCUUUGAAUUAAAUAAAGUAUUAGUCCAGUCAG